GGUAAAUGGAAAAAUGGAAUCAUUCUUUUCUCCUCUAUUACUCCUUCCUUUCUUCUCUCUCUCUCUCCGCAAUUCUCUCUCUCUCUACAAAACCCUCUCUCUCUCUUCUGCAAACCCAAUUCAGGGCUUUUGGAAUGUGUGUCUGCAACAAUGUCAAUAUAUUUACAAGAACUACUCUUUUGAUUGUAUUAUAUAUGGGGGAUUAGGCUUGUUGAUUAUUUGAUAAUCCAAUUUUAUUUUGUAACAGUGUGCUUUGGUGGUAUAGAAAAGUGACCGAUUUUUAUAGAUAAUGUUAUAGUUUGUUACUUUUGUUGUUGUUGUUGUACUGUAUUAUCUUGUUGAAGAAUUCAAAACAUAAUCGGCAAACGGGAAAAACUGAAUUUUGUUUGAUGGGUAAUAAACUCGGGAGGAGGAGACAAGUGGUAGAUGAAAAAUAUACACGGCCACAAGGUUUGUAUAAUCAUAAAGACGUCGAUCAGAAGAAGCUGAGGAAGCUAAUCCUAGAAUCAAAGCUUGCACCUUGCUAUCCCGGAGAUGAAGAAACUGCCGUAGAUCGAGAAGAGUGCCCAAUUUGCUUUCUGUAUUAUCCAAGUCUAAACCGAUCAAGAUGUUGCACAAAGAGCAUUUGUACAGAGUGCUUUUUGCAGAUGAAAGUUCCGAAUUCAACUCGGCCUACACAAUGUCCCUUCUGUAAAACGGCGAAUUAUGCUGUGGAGUAUCGUGGUGUAAAAUCAAAAGAAGAGAAAGGGAUGGAACAGAUUGAGGAGCAGCGUGUUAUUGAGGCAAAAAUUAGGAUGCGGCAGCAGGAACUUCAGGAUGAAGAGGAAAGAAUGCAUAAAAGACUAGAAGUGAGCUCUUCAAAUGUGAAUGUGGCUGUUGCAGAUGUUGAAUACAGUUCAAAUGCAGUGGCUGAAUCUUCAACGUCUGCCAUUGAACACGAUGAAAUCGUCUCUUCUCAAGACUCGUGUGCCACACCGAUGGUUAGACCACCUCCUGCGACUAGGGCCAAUAGAGAUGAUGAAUUUGAUGUUGAUCUUGAGGACAUAAUGGUCAUGGAAGCAAUCUGGCUUUCGAUUCAGGAGAAUGGCAGGCAGAGAAAUUUAUCUUUUGCUGAUGCUACUUCUGGCCACUACGUAGCUGAUGAUCGCUAUGCUUCGUCUCCCAUGGUUCAACAGGCAGAGACAUCCUCGUCCCCAUCCCCAUCGGGGGGUCUUGCUUGUGCCAUUGCAGCUCUUGCUGAGCGUCAGCAAAUGUCGGGAGAAUCAUCUGUAAGCUCCAAUAAUGAAAAUACAUCAUUCAACAUGCUACCGGGUUCCAGAAGGUUUUAUAACCGGAUUGGUAGAGAUAUGGUUAGUUAUUCACCCACAGAAAACCUGGAUGAGGGGCCACCAGAUGAUACUAUGGCAACGACUAGGAGUCAUGGUCAAUGGAGCAUAGAUCAUGGAUCACAGGUAGCUGAAACGGCAACUAGCUAUGCAAACUCUGUUGAAGGAGAAGAUCGUGGUGAACUGUCAUCUAUGUCACAGUCUAAUGACAAUGAUGGAAGCUUUCAAAGUGCCACAGAACCUAUUGUUCCUGAGAGUUUUGAGGAGCAGAUGAUGCUGGCUAUGGCUGUCUCUUUAGCCGAAGCUCGAGCCAUGCCAAGUGGACAGAGCGCUUCAUGGCAAUAGUUUUGGUCAAGGCACUGCUUCAAUCUUUCUUAAAUUGGUGAUGCUUGCCUUGACUAUGUGGCCUACCGGGUCCUGUAUUUGGAGUUUGAGCAAAAGUCACACGUUGUGUGCAAUUUUGGUCAAGGAUCAGGUAGUGAUUCUCUUCUCACAUGAAUUUAUAUAUAUAGAUGUCAAAGGAAAACUAAUGAUUCAAGUUAGUGAAAGGUUGUUGCUUAAUGCCAUUUUUUUUACUGUGUGAUGUCUCCAUGCUCUCAUUGAUUUUCUGUAAAUAGUUUUUGUCUUUUGAUAAAUGUCUUUUCAUUCUUAUAGUAAUAUGCAGCGCAUUUUAGAAUUGUAGAAUUGUAAUGAACAAGAAAGGAAAUUAAAUAUCUAUUUCAGUAAAUUUCAUCAA